GGGCGAUACACAUCGUAGUAAAAAUCGUUUAUUCUGCAGAUGCUCAACGCGUCAAAGUCAAUAUUUUAGAAGUUUGGUUUCGUUUGGCGGCGAUAGAUAUAAAUAAACAAAUCAACUGUAGCAGCAUUUUCCCACACACAAUUCGUAAAGAAGGUAAAUCGUCUCAUUUAUACCACAAAUGACAUUCGAGAAAGGAGACACCUUCUAUGAUCUGGACCGAAUUUCUUCUACUAUUGAGCGGAUGCUCGUGCUGAUUCGCCAGCUCUCAGGUGUCUCGCGUCUCGGUGAAAGUGGUCGAUCAAUAUCAAUGGAACUACAGCUGCUAAAUACGAUUGACGAAAGAAACUAUCAGGUUCAAGAGCUGCAAGAGGCGGUUAGCUAUUUAUUCUGUCAGUUUCGGAAGAUUUAUCUGGUCAACAAGGAUUUAUAUAUGCAAUUGAAUAAACGAGGAGGGCGAAUCUUCGAGUUGGAAAAACAGUUCCGAGAAGGAGGUGAAAACAAAUGUUUGUAUUAUAUGGCUGAUGCAAUAAAAUAUGAACCUUCGCUGUUGGCGAUGCAAAGAGUUCUGGAUAGGACAAUUCGAGAGAUACGCAUUUUCAGGAAACAGAGAAACAAGCAUAAGCUCGAAUUGUGCGUCAGUCACAUUAGGAAUGAAAAUUUGGACAAAGCGUUCGACGAAUUCUUCUCUUUUGAGGACAGCAUUCAGCACUUACCCCAGAUCAUAGAAGACGUGUUCGAGAAUUCAAUGAACAACCUGAUAAAACUACUGCUUUUCUUAAGAGGAUAUUACUUACUGAAAAAACCUAACUCAGAGGAAACAUUUGUAACUGCGUGUGAAUAUAUUGUUCAGUAUUUGAAGUGCACAUCAAUGUUCCAUCGAAUAGAAACAUUAAUGAUGUUUAGCCUGAUUGAUGAUAUGCUAUUGGAUAAGAAUCAUUUAGAAGACUUUUACCGAGAACGUCUAGAGAUUUUACUGAUCGAAUUGGCUGAUAACAAAGAAAUAGCUAUUAGACUGAUUCAAUUUAAUCAAGACGGUGCCUGUCAGUUUGCAAUACUUUUUAAUCAUAUUUCUGAUCGACUGUUGCUACAAUUGGUUGGACAGGCUUAUCAGAAAUCAAACCAAAGUUUAAAACUCAUUCUUAAAUUCGUAUCUCAAUUACCAUGCAUAAAUCAAUGCAUCAUCUGUUAUCAAGAACUGCAUUCCGAAAUGCGAAGACUGGGACUGUCGAAGUCAUUGGAUAUCUUUAUGCUAGCGUAUCAAAUCAGAAAAACCAUGCAAAAUCAAAAAUAUCCGUUCGCCAGUCGUGCUGUCGAACUGGAAGAACUGAAAGGAAUACUACCUCCGAAUGUAACGAGUAUUAUUUGGAAACAAGUCAUGAUUUCAAGGUAUGUAUCACGUAUUUUGAUGAAAUUUAGUAGCGUUGGCAAGGAGGUAUGCUUCUCUCGAUACACUGCCGACAAAAACCGGUUCGAAUUCGAACCCGUCGAGGAAGGUGAGUUCUUCAGAAUUCGGAACGUUGCCGUUAAUGCAUUCCUGGUAGAGGUCGAAGAUUAUCCAGUUAUUGCGGGAGCAAAAGUUGAUCCUUUCUGCGCGGAAGGCCAUUGGCGGUUAAUUCCUUGCGAUGACUGCGCUUACUUCAUGAUUCAAAAUCGAGCCAGUGGAAAAUGGUUAUACUCCAGCUUCUCUCCACAUUUAGAGUAUGAUUUCUACAACACACCUGAAGUAGUACGGCUGUGUUCAGACAAAGAGAUACUUAAUGAGUGCAAUUCGUGGUGGAAAAUCGAGGAAUUCAUGCGUGGGUCGAAAGGAGAUCCGGAAUGUAUAAUCUUAUAAAAAUGAUUAAAAUAAGCUUGA